CUAGAAUCCGCUCAGUCCUUGUAAUUGGUCUGGUGAAGUUAGCAAGAAGGCGAAGAGGUGGGAGAAAUGGAGGUUACUAAGUUUCGAUGCCAAAGGAUCGGCUGCAAUGUCACCUUCACGGAAGAUGAGAAUCCAGAAGGUUCUUGUACGUAUCACGAUUCGGUUACCUCUUUUUCAUGAUGGAACAAAGGAAUGGAGUUGUUGCAAGAAAAGAAGUCAUGAUUUCAGCUUAUUUCUAGAAAUUCCUGGAUGCAAGGUAGGGAAACACACAACUGAGAAACCAGUGAUAGCCAAGACAACCGGGGCACCAAAAAUAGUUUCUACAGCACCAACUUACUCAUCUGCUACGCCAGCAAAAGAAGUGUGCUCCAGGUGUCGCCAGGGAUUCUUUUGUUCGGAUCAUGGUUCACAAGCCAAAGAAGUGAAACCAAAAGAUUCGAGUGAAAGUCGCUCCAAUGUCGGGGAACCAAUAUCUGCUCCAACGAAGAAGAUUGUUGAUUUAAAUGAACCCCAAACAUGUAAAAACAAGGGAUGUGGGGAAACUUUCAAGGAAAAAGAUAAUCAUGAAACUGCAUGCAGUCAUCAUCCCGGGCCUGCCGUGUUCCAUGACCGUAUGAGAGGGUGGAAAUGUUGUGAUAUUCAUGUGAAGGAAUUUGAUGAAUUCAUGACCAUUCCCCCAUGUACAAAGGGAUGGCACAAUGCUGAUGCUGUAUGACUAGAGAGAAUAAGAGUGAGUUUCUUCUGUUGUUUUUUCCCUUGACCAUUUCAUUAGAAAUCUAUCCUUGUACAUUUGUUUCUGCAACAAUUCUUCUUAAACUGAAAUGUCUUUUGGUCAUGUAAUGUUUUUCCUGCAACAUAUUUCCAGUAUUAUCUUUGUUUUUUGUUUUUUUUGUUUCAAUGUGAUAUUAAACCAAUAAUUGAGUUUUGCUUUUCUCUUUUAAUUGGUGUAAUAUCCAGUAUGUAAUGUACAAUUUGGAAUAGUAAUUUGGUAUAAUAUCUCUUCUAAUUAUUUGAUGAG